AUCCGUCGGUUUUUCAAUUUUUCCCCAUUUCCGGCGAGCAAAACCCAAAGCCAACCGGCCUGUGCUGAGAUUUUGGGGAGAUUUGGAGCACAUUUUUCUCGGCCAAGUCACCGGCAGCGAGUCUCCGACGAGCUUCCGACGAAGCUCCGGCGACCCCUCUUCGGUCAGUUUUCCGACCAUUUUUCACCGUCCCCGCCCGCAACUCACUUCCUCCUUCUUCCUACUUGAGUCUACAAGUUUUUUUUUCGACUUUACCUUUGUGAAUUGUGGAGAAUCGGAUUAGGUAGUGAAGUGAGGUUGAAUUUUUGUGCUUUGCAUGAUUGAAUCUAUAUUUAGGGCGAGGAAUUAGGUGAAUUAGGUCGAUUAAAUGAUGGAUUGAUUUUUGCAUGAGCUUAGUGAGCCUUGGUGGGCGUGUAUGAACCGAGUUGUGUUUAUUUUUAGAAUUUGCCCACCAAGUAAUAUGUUCUGAAUGCAAGUGGAGUUUAUUAUUGUUUGGUGGAUGCAUGGCAGCCACCUUGGUAAGGGUUGUGGUUCAACUUUGUGUGUGCUUGAACCAUAAAAUACCCACAACCAUGCCACGGUGGUUUGAGCAUAAAUGUUUGAUAACCAUGGUGGAAAAACAAGUGUGGGGGUGGGGGAGGGGGGUGGCAAUCUCUUUUCCUCCGCAUGAGCAUUAUUUGACGAAUAUUUCCACGUAUGGUGUGUGUUUGUAUUUGUGCAGGAUGCUUAAUUUGGAGCAUGAGUUCAUCAGUUAUCUGGUGAACCACCCGAACUUCGGCAACAAUUUCGCCUACCAGAGUGGCAGCCCCAUUGGGCCUCACUGGCUCUGGACCUGGACAUGUUCAACUUGUUCAGGUGCCGAGCCAGGAUAACGGGAGUGCUCAGCCACCCCCCAGUGGCGGAAGCUCUUUUCCAUGGACGAGGAGAUCUUACAUGAGCUGUGCGUGGAGUUCUACUCCACCUUCUCCCACAUCGUCCCGGCCAACAAGAAGAGCCGGCCACGGGUGGAGUUUAUGCUGGGAGGUCAGCCAUUAGUGUUGACCUAUGAUGCCUUUGCACAGGCCAUGGGGCUCGAUAAAGCCCAGAUAACGAUGAAGGAGCGACAGUACACCAUCGAUUUCAACUAUCAGGGUGCAUUCCGUGCCUUCUGCCACGCAGAGCACAAGCAGGACGAGUUCGAGGGGAGCCGCACCAAUGCGGUCAAGCUGAAGACCCAGUGGAGGAUCCUCCAAACUCUGCUCACCAGAUCCGUCGUCCCCAGCCUCCAAGGCGAGAGAGGAGUGGAGUACCUUGACGGAAUCUGACCUUCCGGAGUCAUCCGAGCUGCAAUUGCACCAACUUCAGUAGAGCUUGAACCCGAGGUCCCGCCAGCAGCCGAGCAGCCACCUGCUCAUGCACCCAGCCGCCGCCGCCCAGCGCUCCAGCGCCCUGCACAGCAACCACCACCACCACCAGCAGGCGAUCCCCUCGUCCAGAUGGUGGAUCGCCUAGAGUCAAACUUCAUGGGAUUCUCAUCCCGCCUCGACCGGCAGACCGACAUCCUCGAGCUUAUGGCUCGACACCAGGGUAUCCUACCCAAUGGUGUAGAGGGUCCUUACACCGGAGAGAGUAAGCCGACGAGUGAGACAUGUGGCAGAGCGGAGUCCUUUCGCCCCACUUCUCUACUUGUAAGCCUGAACUCGUUUUCUUUUCGUUUUUUGUUAUUUUUCUUCAUUUUGUGUGCGUGUGUCUAGGGAUGGGAGGAAAAUCCAUGGAUCCGGUUAUCCGCCCGAACCCAAACCGGUCAAUCCGGAUAAAAUCCGUGUUGAAUGGAUCCAGAUCGGGGAUGGAUAAAACUCGAAACAUUAAUUACCGGGGAAGGGUAGGGGACAGAUUUCAUACUAUCCGCCCCGAAUCCGUACCCGAACCCUACCCGAGACCUAUCUUCCUUCCUUUACUCCACAAAAUGAACUGCACCACUUCAAUGCCCUAAUAAACACCGUGCGAAGCAUGAACUUGGAAAACACAAUGGCCUCUCAUCUUCUCUUUGCCAUUGAAUUCCUAGAGCAUGCAAUUCCCAUCUUCCAAUACCCGUGCCUAACCUUGCAAUAGAUAGAAAUUAAAUAU